CUUUUCAAAAGCUUUCACUUGGGGCACCAAAACGGUGCCGGAUUCAAGCAGAAUCAGCAGCGGGAAGCUUCGGGAAGGGCGGCCAGAUAAAAAGUUUUUUCGGGUUCGUUUCGGGCUCACCGAGGUAGCACAGUGGGAGCUUGCAUUUUUUGGCCUCCGCCAUACCACCGUGCCAAAAUCAGCACUGUUCCAGCGCCGCUGUUAAUUAUGUUGGUGGUGUUUUUUGUUAUGUUUCGCCAAUGCCGGCACUUUUGCGAUGGAGGGGGUUCGUUGAGUCAAGCUUUUGGGUUUUUUGAUGUUUGGUCUCCCUCUUUGAUACUACGAACAGACAGCAAAGCUUUUCGGUCUUUUGCCUUGACCACGAAGCCCGCCGGUGUUGCAGGCUGAGCCACCAAGCUCGGCGCUGCCUCAACCUUCUCAGGUGCGGGCGUUUUUCACUGUGGCGGAGUGCGCAAACUGGGCACCCACGAAAAGCGCGGGACCCCAUCGGUCACACUGGAACCGCGAUGGCAUGUUGGGGCUCGAUCUCGUGUUGCUGUUGGCCGUGCAGUCAUUGGCCACGAAGUUGCGCGGCAGCUUCUUUGACGAGCAGGCCGGCGGGAAAUUCAAAGUUUUCGAAAAGUUUUUGAAAGGUUCUGAAAGUUUAGCACAGACCCCCCGUUAUGGUUGUAACAAGAGUGCGAUACACAUGAACAAAAGGAGAAGUGAGGUAACGCCUGUAUAUGGCUUCACUUUGACUGGUGACAGGUGAGGGCAUGGAGGCGUUGUCCGAUGUCAACUCGUUCUUCUGCAUCGUUUUCGCUAAAUUUUUAUGUAUUAGGUGCACCAUGUCAAGAACACUUCGUGUUCGUUCUUCGUUACAUACUAGUUCAUACUAUCUUUUCGUCCUCGUAAAUGCACUUCACUCCACGUACAGAUGCCAAGAAGCGUGCUCGUGCAACAAAAAAACAGUCCUGCUCGUUCGUUGGUUGCCGUAAUUCGAAGCUUGACGCGGCACGAGAACACAUCGACCACGCUCGGACAAUUAUUCAGGUUCAUAAAUACACCAUACUCCAUGUCAGACAGGAAAAAGGAAUGGCACGCGCAGCUGAGGAAUGUAGAAUUUUUGAACAAAGGCAGAAACAACAAAACAUGUCUUCCACCAGCGCCCUGUCGCUAAGACACGAAAGUGGUGUUGCUUUCGUGUUUUAGUGAGCCAUCGCCUGCUGUGGUCGGGAAAAUUCUUUUAGAAAGGUUAAGCAGGAUCAGGAAUCCUUCGUCUGUGACGAGGAAACCGAAAAAAUGCUCGCUUCCAGGAGUUUCGGGCACCUGCCCCUGCAGCACAACGAAAGGACGCAAUAUGUCGGCCAGCACACACUGUACUCAUACAUUAAAUUGCAUUUUUCCCUGAACAUGCGUUAUGAAGUCGUUUAGGAGCAACAGGAGAUCCAUCUGUCCUACUGAGUACUUCAUGACUCAUUUCGAUAUCCAUACAUCACGUUCAACAUGUAGCAGUUCUAGAGGAACAUACCACGAGGAUAAAUAUGACAAGACAUUGAACUGCAUUUGUUACCCACAGAUACCGCUCCCAGCUGAAGGCCAUAUCCGGACCAAGACACCACGGGAAGCCAGUGCAUAAGAGAUGGAACAGCUGCCACUCAAUAAGAUGCACCGAGAAAAACUGGUGCAACAGAAAUCGAGACGCGAAUACAGGUACACAUUCUGUGAGUGAAGACCACCAUGACAUGAUAAAGAUCGUAAGUUGCGGAUGAUUCUGUUGAGCAUGAUCUUCAACAUGAAAAUCUGGCUCAGCAUCACGAUGCUGAAUGAACUAAUUUUGCUUUUGAAUAGUAUAUGUCGGACAGUUACUCGCAGGCCAUAAGAGGCGAGCAAACUGUUGAUUUUGAAUAGUACCAAUCAACGCAAAACUUCAGCCGCCUUCGAUGUGCAUCGGCCCCUGAAGACGGCUAUCGAGGACCCAGUUUGGCAUCCGGAGUGGAAGGUAACGCAGCUGGGUAACAAACUGGUGACCAGUGGAACGGACGACUUCCGCCAAUACGCCCAGCAGUCCGCCUGGGAUCUGCAUCGGCCGCUCAACCUCGGCGAACCGAACUGGGGCGGACGAAGAAGGAACAUCUACCCUCGGGCGGCCUACGUCUGCGCCACAGGGAUGAGCGCGAGCUUUGAGCAAUAAAGUUUUGAAGUUACAGAUGAUGAAAAUUAUGUUACGUGAUUCGUUCGUCCCCUUCUAGACAGAGCUACGCCACUCCUCCUGGGUCUCCGAACUACAAUUACCACUUACACUUACUUCUACGCCUCUUGUCAAUACAUUGAACAGCAGCUGCUUCUGCCUCUGUCCAAAUGACCUAAACUAAACUUGUCACAAUAAGAAUACAGUAUUCUUCUACUCACUGCUCAGUCUUAUAAUUUCUGCUGAGCCUGAGUGCCGCUUCGGGUUCGGGACCACAGUCAAAAAGAAACAAAUGCUGGAGGGCUUUCAGAAGCAAACGCAACUAUGUGAGUUUAUCAAAUUGUAGGAAAAAUUCUUAUGGGAAAAAUGAACCACCUUGUCCGCUCUCUGCUGGGAGUGGGAAUCAAUUUGUAAAAGUUGCCAAGAAUUUACAAUUUCAUUUUCCUCGAUGGAAAAGAAAAUAUAUGCGAAGCGAGAUGUUGAGGAGACAUCUUCGGAACCUAACCUGCACAGAGCUUUGGUCGAUCAGAGGGAGCCCCGAAAAA